CGCUCCGCCCCGCCCCGACGGGCGGUGGAGCCAUGGCGGCGGCGGGACGGGGCAGCGGGGCCGCGGCCGGGGCUGUGCCCGCCGUCACCCGCCUGCAGGCCUACGCCUGGUGCCGGGAGUUCCUCGCCGGUUCCUGGAAGCUCAUCGGGCCCGAGGAGUUCAGCAUCGGGCCCGUCAGCGGGGGGCUCAGCAACCUGCUGUUCAAGUGCACGCUGCCGGAGCACAUCCUCAGCGUGGGGGACGAGCCCCGGCAGGUGCUGCUGCGCGUCUAUGGGGCCAUCCUGCAGGGCGUGGACUCGCUGGUGCUGGAGAGUGUGAUGUUUGCCAUCCUGGCUGAGCGGGCACUGGGGCCACGGCUCUACGGUGUCUUCCCCCAGGGGCGGCUGGAGCAAUACAUUCCGAGCCGACGUCUGCGGACUGAGGACCUGCGAGACCCUGACAUCUCCAAGGAGAUUGCGGUGAAGAUGUCCCGGUUCCACGGCAUGGUGAUGCCCUUCAACAAGGAGCCCAAAUGGCUCUUUGGGACCAUGGAGUGGUACCUGAAGCAGAUUUCGGAGCUCACCUUCCCCGAGGAAGAGCAGCUGAAGAAGUUCAACCACCUCAAGACUUAUAACCUGCAGGAAGAGAUGAAGAGCCUCAGGGAGCUGCUGGAGUCCACCCCCUCGCCGGUGGUCUUCUGCCACAAUGACGUCCAGGAAGGGAACAUCCUGCUGCUGGCUGGGCGCGAGGCUUCCUCCUCUGACAAGCUUAUGCUCAUUGACUUUGAGUAUAGCAGCUACAACUACCGGGGCUUCGACAUCGGCAACCAUUUCUGCGAGUGGGUUUACAACUACACCCAUGAUUCCUGGCCGUUCUUUAAGGCUUCCCCAGAGAACUACCCCAGCCGGCAGCAGCAGCUGCAUUUCAUCCGGCACUACCUCUCAGAGGACUCGGGGCGACGCGGGGACACCACACACAAGGAGCAGGCCCACAUUGAAGAAGAAAUGCUCACAGAGAUCAACCGGUUUGCUCUGGCCUCUCACUUCUUCUGGGGCCUGUGGUCCAUUCUGCAGGCGAAGAUCUCCACCAUCGAGUUCGGGUACCUGGACUAUGCGCAGAGCCGCUUCGAAGCCUACUUCCAGCACAAGGCACAGUGUUCCUGAGAGCAGCUGCCCCAGCCCUGCCUGUGCCCACCUCCACUCCGCAGCCUCCCUCUGCCACACCCUGGCAACACCCGUGCUAUGGGGCAGGCCAGGGAUGCAGUGUCCCCUCCCAGGCGGCCUGCCCUCCAGCCUGGGCUGCCCAGACAGGUGAUAGAACGGUUCAGGGGGCCAGUGUCUGCCCCUGCUCCCCAGGGCUAUGCAGCAGAGCUGGGGGAGAGGUGGGUCUGCCCUAGUGCAUGCCUCCUGGAGAAGGGGACAUCGUGCUCGGAGGUGGCGCAUCAGCCACGGGGCUGUGUCUUUGCCAUGGCUCGUGUGCAGGCGGCCCCUGACAGAGUGGAGAGGCUGCUGGCAGCGCCCUGUCCCUGCCUGACCCUGUGGCUGCCCCAUCACUGCCACUGUGGCUGCCCCCUCGCUGCCUUUGGCACAGCCCCUCUGUGGUGGCUUGUCCCUUGUCUCCGCACUGCUGGCACUGAGCAGGGCUUGAGCUGCAGGUCCUGGCUGGUGGGAGCCUCCUGCCCUUGCCAGCAGCAGGCGGGCAGGCACAGCCUGGACCAGAGAGACACGGAUGGCUUGGCUGUCCUGCCAGCCCCUUGCACAGCCCUGCUUGGAGCUGUGGCCCUGCAAGUUGAGAGGGGUGCAGGCAGGGAUGCUGAGAGCCCCCAGGGUGCUGCUGGGGGCCAAGGGGUGUAGGGGACCUAUGCUUGCAUCUCAUUCUCCCCUGACAGCUUUCCCCAGACCCCUGGGGUUAAGGCAGGACCUGCCUGGCUUCCCUGUGGCUCUGGGCUGCUGGGAUGGGGCAGAGGGCUGCUCCUUCCUUCCCCUCCCGACAGCAGAAUGUAAACUGUCCUCAGACCAAUAAACGCUGCGGUUGGUGCACGGUA